AUGCUAUGCAACGAGAACAACUUGACAACCAUGAAACAACGAUUUAUCAGAAAGGUGCUUCCUAAAAGCAUCGAAAUAAUUUUCAAAAUAUUCAUAAUCAGCAACACCAUAAGCAACCGAGAAAUACACAACCACACGGUCAUCGAUCCUAAUAUAGUAACAGCAACGCUUACGUAUGUGCUUGCAUGGCUCUUUGCCGAAUGUGAGAUCGCUUACGGUUCGCUCUCCUUCAUGAGAGAUGUGUUUUGCUACAACACCAAAGUGCAGGAAAACUGUGCAUAUGUGUACACACACUGCCUGCUCGUAUUCAUCAUCACCAAGCUCUUGCAUUCCCUGUUGUGCAUGCUCAGAGUUACCAAGAUUCUGCUCAAAAUACCGAGGGAGUGUAUUGUGGGUUGUUCGCUGGCAACCGGUGUAAUACACGUUGCGAACGAAAUAAAAAUGUACAACACGCAUAUCACACUGCCCUCAUUCGUACUUUCUGUAUUUUUUGUGCUUUUCUUCUUUUACUCAAAAAUAAUGUUUUUUGUCUCUGUGGUCGUCAUUGCGAUCUCAAAUCACGUGAUGGUUGCGUGUGUGCAGAACAGCAAGCUGUUCUUUUUUGAAAAACUAAGAUGCAAUUCGUUGUGUGUGCUGUUUCCCGUGCAGUAUUUUGAUCUUGGUGGCGCGAAAAUGCGCUCCUUCGCGUGCUCAUUUUUCAGUGCUCUCGCUAUUUUCUUCUUCAAUGGAAUCGAAAUCGAGCUGGACAGGGAGAGUAACGCGGAUUUUUACCAUACUAUGAGCGAACAACUGGGCAGUAACGUACUAGACAAUACUGUGGGUGUCAAUGCACUGAAUAAUGGUCUGCAUGGCAGUGCUUCAUCAGAUGAAGCGAACAAUUCAAGCAGUGACCCGCUUGGCGCUGCGCUAAGAAUUCGUACGGCGUCCGUACGAAGCAAUGUCGCUCAGUUCAAAUCGUAUAUUGUGCUGCAUACAAAUGAAUUCUAUCAUGGAAACAGGCUCAGCUGCAUCAACCUGCUCACAUUUUUCCUUCCGUUCACGGUCAAAAAGGAAAGAAAACAAUUCCAUGCCAUAGAGCGUGUAUUUGUAAGUAUUUUGACACUAAAAAUGGCCAUUCUACUCCUUUUAUUCAGGCUGUUCAUACCAAAAAUCAUAUAUAUCAGCUUAAGCAUGUUCCUGGGUCUAUAUAUCAUCGUUAUGUCGCUGAGAGAAGUUCAUAAAUUCUGUACAAUGGAGAAGAUCACGAUAGUAUGUCUUGGUAUCUUCAACGCGGUGUGUAAUAUGUUUGUUCUAUCCGUGAUGUUGUUCUCUGGUCUCAUAUACUUGGUCGGCUACGUGCGGAACAGCAAUAACCAGUGCUUGACCGUUGAAGAAGAAUACAGCCAUGUAUUGUACGACUACAAGAGGUUGGACACGAGCGUAAAAGGCGAGAUUGUUGUGAUAGAUCUGAGAAGGUACAGUUAUAUAGUGUCGAGUGAGAGGGAACGAAUUGGCAAUCUUGUAAAAGGAUUGAGAGUGAAGAAUAUCUUUGUUAUAAAGAGGAAGAAUUUGUUCAUAUGGCUUGAGAAUGUAAAUUUUAUUUGUGAAUUGAACGAGAUCGAGGAGUAUUUGGUGUAAAAAGGGAGAUGAUGCGCUUUUAACGCACAAUAUGCCGUGUUGUAUGUAGAAAU